GGCGCAGCUGAGUCACGGCGGUGGUGAUGAGGUUGUGGCGGGCGGUGGUGGGUGCGUGAGCGAGGAGCUGGGAGUUUUUUUUGUCGUCGUUCUGUUGUGUUCUCCUGCUCUUCAUCCCUGCUGUCACCAUGAUGGAGGAGAUAGACCGGUUCCAGGUGCCCACCGUGCGCGCAGAGAUGCAGCCGCUGGAUCCAACAGCUGCAUCUAUUUCGGACAGAGAUUGUGAUAUGAGAGAGGGAGAGACUGUAGCCAUGAACUAUAAGCCGCCCCCACUCCAAGUGAAAUUAGAGAAGCAGAGGGAGCUGGCUCGGAAGGGCUCCCUGAAGAACGGCAACAUGGGCAGCCCAGUUAAUCAGCAGCCCAAGAAGAACAACGUGAUGGCACGGACAAGGCUCGUCGUUCCCAAUAAGGGCUAUUCGUCAUUAGAUCAGAGUCCAGAUGAAAAGCCACUGGUAGCCCUGGAUACGGACAGUGAUGAUGACUUCGACAUGUCCAGAUAUUCCUCCUCGGGAUACUCAUCAGCUGAGCAGAUCAACCAAGACUUGAACAUCCAGCUGCUAAAGGAUGGGUACCGGUUAGAUGAGAUCCCAGAUGACGAGGACCUUGACCUAAUCCCCCCUAAAUCGGUCAACCCUACCUGCAUGUGUUGCCAAGCCACCUCCUCCACCGCCUGUCACAUCCAGUAGUGAGGCCAGCAGGCUGUGAUUAGUGCUUUCCACUAUAAUUGUAAAACUUAACAGCCAUUGCUUCCUCCUAUGGUAGGAUGUGCACCUCUUUGUGUUCAUGGAGUCAGGAGAAACCAAAAAAAUUAUUUUACGAUUGGUUGAUAAGUUAUUUUAAACUAUGGUUAAACAAAAGAGUUAAACUCAAAGUGCCGGGCAGUGCCUGGCAGACCUGACUGGUCCGGAGAGCGGAUGCAGAAUGGCCCAGAGAUACUUCUGGGUUUGUGUAGGCACCAGAGAUGUUUUGUAAGGUGUCACUUCCAGAAUGGGAAGGAUCAGAUGGGGCUGCAGUUAAUCCUACCCUCUAAAAACAAUCCAUUUGCAAGAUCAGGGGUGAGUCUGAGGUGUCAGGGGGGUUUACCUGAGGUCAGUUCAUAAUUAGUUCACUAAGCCUCAUUUGCCAGUGUAACCAAAAUUACACCAUGACCAGGGCACAGGAAUGGCAACAGAGCAGGGCAUCCUUUCUUAUGGCAAGUCUAGCCAGGAUCAACAUGACACAAUUCAUUCACUUGCAAAGAGAGCAAGAUGGUGGCAUUUCUUCUCUGUGAGACAGUAGUAGCUGGAGCUGUUGUGUCACAUACCCAAUGCAAUCUACCCUAAGCACCACAUUAAAUUAUCACCAAAUACAUCAGAUUUGAUUUGCAAUCCAUCCAUACUCUCAGUAGAUUCAGUCCUUGCCUGAGAAUACCAUAAUCAUGAGUUCAGUUGAAUACACUGACUUCAGCUUCUAGUUAAUUCCUGUGAGAGCCAUCUGCUUCCAAAAAUCUUAAACUUUGUUCAGCUAAGAAAAAAUUAGUCCUGCAUAAGACAGGACUCGAGCUGUACAGUCUGAAGGUCAGUGCUGAGAAAGCUAGUUGAAAGCAUAUUUUUUGGAGCUCAGCUGUUGGUACGCUCAGCUGUUGGUGCAUCUCUUGGUGCCUAUGGGAGACAUUAGUUAACGUGGUGGUGUCAGACUUUAGGGGAGUUUUCAGCAACAGAGGGAUUAUGAGCAGAUUCAGCUGAAAAAAAGCCAUGAGAGGGAACUACUGUUUAUUGCAUCUCUGCCCCCUUGUGAACCAAGCUUUGUCUGUUAGAGCAGUCCCACAUCAGGAAUGUUUAUUUGAUGCUGGAAUAGUCAGGAAACCUGGCAUUACAUUAGAUUUCUGGACUGAAUUGCCAGUUCACCAACAGAUUGUUUAAAAUGCAAAAUCAUUUCUGGAUUUAGGAAAUAUGUCCUCUCCUUGUUCAGUCUUACACUGCUGGCUUCAGAAGACAUUGGAUUCAGGUGAUGGAUGGGCUGGCAUCUUUCUCUGAGGUGAAAUCUUUUGACACAGCCACAACUGUGUCUUUUCCUGCUCAGCCAGUAAGAAAGACUGCCUGCCUUAUGUCAGCACUCUCUUUAGAGCCUGGUGGAGGGAAAAAGCGAAGGUAAUUCUAAGUUUCCCAUCAGAAUUCCCCUGAGCCACAAGAAAGAGCCUGAUCUCCACCCUGAAUUACAGAUCCCCUGUAUGAAAUUUGCACAUCAUGAGCUGACUCUUUAAUAACUUCUCUUAGUGAUGAGGAAGACACUUAUUUAACAUCACACAUUUUCACUCUGUGCAGUGCAAGGCAUGAUGUCAUC